AUGCUGUCAACCGCUCGAUCGAAAGGACUCGAAAGAGCCUUCACCUCAAUUCCUUCAGCAACGAUACCGUCUUUCCUCCUCCCAGCUUUCCGGGUCACAGCGACGCGAUGUUUCUCCACCUCCCCCAGUCGAGCCUCACAAAUUGGCAGAGCAGCUUUGAGUAUACCUCCGGAGGUAAAGUUCGAGAUUCUGCCUCCGGUUAUUAAGAAGGGUGCUUGGGGAACAGGUGGUCCGGGAAAUUUGGUAAAGGUAGAAGGUCCAUUAGGAAGCUUGUCAAUGACCGUCCCAUCGUUCGUAAACUUAGAGCACGAUACCGAGAACCGGAAAGCAUAUGUCAGCGUCCAAGACAAGGAGGUCAAGAAGCAGCGCGAGAUGUGGGGCACGACACGCGCAUAUCUACAAAAUCACAUCCUCGGAGUCUCAGAAGGCCAUACUGCCAUUCUGCGCCUCGUAGGCGUCGGAUAUCGAGCGACCAUCGAAACGACCGCGACAACCGUCACGCCCGAAUUCCCAGGCCAGACCUUCGUCGCAUUGAAAGUAGGAUACUCGCAUCCGAUCGAAUUGCCUGUGCCGAAAGGAGUAAAGGCUAGCACGCCACAGCCUACGAGAAUAUUGUUGGAGGGUGUGGAGAAGGAGGUGAUUUUGUCGUUUGCGGCAAAGAUUAGGAUGUGGAGGAAACCGGAACCUUAUAAGGGGAAAGGCAUUUUCGUUAAUGGCGAGACGAUCAAGUUGAAGGCGAAGAAAAUCAAGUAA